AUGCGUCGUAUGCGUCGUGGUAAACUUCCGGCGCCCUUGACGCCGCGAAGCUUCCAUGUAGCCAUCGCCGAAGCUGUCAGAGGCUACGAUCCCGCUGCACCAGGACCAUCCGAGGGUCAGGGGGCUUCAGUUGCCCAGCCUCCUUGCGAACCGCAUGGAACGCCAGUCGUUAGCCCACCACUUGUUCAGGCACCUUAUGAGCUUGACGGUACUCCUAUCGGCCCCUCUUCUCAAAACGGAAGCACUUGUGUCAAGGAAUGUGACAAGAAGUGUCCCCGAGGCAAAUGUGUGAAGGCUACACGCCGUACAGUCUGUUUCAGAGACGAUAGCUCUACCCAAGCCGAGACCAGCGAGUCUGAGGCGCAAACCAGCGAAGGCAGCAGCAAGGCGCCUUCCGAUGCCAAGAAUACCAACAGCAACAAAUCCUCCGAUGCAAACUCUACCGAGGAUGAGUCUGAAGCACAGGCUGACAAGGCCUCAACUUCAGAGGCAGAGGCAAGCUCGGCCAAUGAGGACCCAAACUGGACAAUCUCCCAGGACUGUCUCCUUCGCGGGAUGAAGGAGGGCGACUCACCACUCCCCUGGGCCGAGAUCGCGGCCGCCCUGGGAAAAACAAAGACCGAGGUGGCUGAUCGCUGGACCCUCAUUAAGGGCCUUCCAACAAAGGAAGAUCCUGAGGUUUCUUCUCCCGACGAUACCACGGAUUCAGAUGAUGACACCAGCGGCGAUGCCGAUGAUGAAUCCGAGAGUGACACCGACCAAGAGUCGGACGAAGAAGAAGACGAAGAAGAAGAAGAAGAAGAAGAAGAAGAAGACGAGGAAGUCGAAGUUGAAGAGCCUGACGAUGAAGAAGACGAAGAGUCUGAGGAAGACUCCGAUGUUGACUAUGACGACUCUGAUGAUGAUGAUGACGACGAAGAAGAAGAGUACGAAGAAGUCAUCACCAAGAGCAAGGGAAAGAGUCCCAUCCACAACAAGUGGCACACCGGAAUCCGCAACGAAAAGAUUGCCGCCGAGAACAAGAAGGCAAAGGCCAAGGCAAAGGUCAAAGCCGCCCAGCGAGAUGACCACUCCUCCUCCGGUGAAGAUGCUUCCUCCGAAUCGUCCGAUGUUGACUCAAGCAGCUCCGAUUCCCAGGUCAUCAUCGGUGAUUCCGACAAGCGCGCCGAGAUGCGCUAUUUUCAGGACCAUGUGUACAAGUUGCUCUAUCCGCCAGAGAUUCACCCCGAACCUGACGAGACCUUCUGUAAGAAGGACUGCGAGCUUCUCGGAUCUAUUGACAGCAAAUAUAAGAAGAACCGCUGGUUGGAAAUGCAGGCCAACUUCUUCAACGUCACAGGUCGCCUGAUCCCCCUGGAGUUGAUCCGUGCCAAAUGCGAGCGCGCUGAGGCCGAACGUGCUGAGAAGGAGGCCAGGCGUGCCAAGAGGGCCGCUGAGCGUGAGAAGGAAGACCGCGAGAAGGUCAAGGAAUGGAUUCAAGAUGUUCCUGGUGAGGAUGAGUCCGACGAUUCUAAUGAGCCCGAGGAGGAAGAGGACUCUGGGGAGUCCGGUGAGGAGUCCGGUGAAGAAUCCGAGGAGUAUUCUGAAGAAGACUCUGACGACUCUGAUGACUCUUCGGAUUCCGAGUCUUGA